AUGCCUUACGGAGAGAUUGAUCAGCUCGCCAUCAACACCAUCCGGACGCUGGCCGUCGAUGCCACCGCGAAGGCCAACUCCGGCCACCCCGGUGCGCCCAUGGGCAUGGCCCCGGUCUCGCACGUCCUGUUCAACAAGUUCAUGAAGUUCAACCCCAAGAACCCCAACUGGGUGAACCGCGACAGAUUCGUGCUCUCCAACGGCCACGGCUGCAUGCUCCAGUAUGCUCUGCUCCACCUCUUCGGCUACGCCGUCAGCCUCGACGACCUCAAGGCGUUCCGUCAACUUGACAGCAUCACUCCUGGCCACCCUGAGGCUCACGACACCCCCGGUAUUGAGGUGACCACUGGUCCUCUUGGCCAGGGUUUCUCUAACGCCGUCGGUCUCGCCAUUGCCCAGGCUCACACCGCGGCUGUUUUCAACAAGCCCGGUUACAACCUGGUCGACAACUACACCUACACCUUCUUCGGUGAUGGCUGCGCCAUGGAGGGUGUUGCCAGCGAGGCUGCCUCCACCGCUGGUCACUUGAGGCUCGGCAACCUCAUUGCCAUCUAUGAUGACAACCACAUUUCCAUUGACGGUGACACCAAGUGUGCUUUCACCGAGGACGUCACCAAGAGGUUCGAGUCCUACGGCUGGCACGUCGUCUGGGUCAAGGACGGUGACCACGACCUCGAGGGCAUUGAGGCUGCCAUCAAGGAGGCCCAGUCCGUCAAGGACAAGCCCUCCAUGAUCAGGCUCACCACCACCAUUGGCUUCGGUUCCAAGCUCCAGGGCACCGGCGGUGUCCACGGCAACCCCCUCAAGGCCGACGACAUCCAGCACGUCAAGAAGCUCUUCGGCUUCGACCCUGAGAAGACUUUCGUCGUUCCCCAGGAGGUCUACGACCUGUACGGCAAGAAGGCUGCCGAGGGCGCUGCUCUCGAGGCCGAGUGGAACCAGCUCUUCGAGAAGUACGGCUCGGAGCACAAGGAGCUGCACGCCGACCUUGCCCGCCGUCUGGCCGGCAAGCUGCCCGAGGGCUGGGAGAAGAAGCUCCCCACCUACAAGCCUACCGACCCGGCCAUUGCUUCCCGCAAGCUGUCCGAGUCCGUCCUGGAGGCCAUCCACGACGCCGUCCCCGAGCUCCUGUCCGGCUCUGCUGACCUGACUGGCUCCAACAACACCCGCUGGAAGAACGCCGUUGACUUCCAGCCCCCGGAGCUCGGCAUUGGCGAGUGGUCCGGCCGCUACCUCCGCUACGGUGUGCGUGAGCACGCCAUGGCUGCCAUUAUGAACGGUAUCGCUGCCUACGGUACCCUCAUCCCCGCUGGUGGUACCUUCCUUAACUUCGUCUCGUACGCUGCCGGUGCCGUCCGUCUCUCGUCGCUUUCGCACCAGCGCGUCAUCUACGUCGCCACCCACGACUCGAUCGGUCUUGGUGAGGACGGCCCGACCCACCAGCCUAUCGAGACUCUUGCCCACUUCCGUGCCCUGCCCAACAUGAUGGUCUGGCGCCCGGCUGACGGCAACGAGACUUCUGCCGCCUACUACAUGGCCCUCACCAGCAAGGACACCCCCUCGAUCCUUGCUCUCACCCGCCAGAACCUUCCCCAGCUCGAGGGCUCGACCAUCGAGAAGGCCAUCAAGGGUGGUUACGUCGCGUACGAGGACAAGGAUGCUGCCAUCACCCUCGUCUCGACCGGUUCCGAGGUCGGCAUCUGCUUGGAGGCCGUCAAGGAGCUUGCCGAGAAGCACAACAUCAAGGCCCGUGUUGUCUCGAUGCCUUGCGUUGAGGUCUUCGACGCCCAGUCCAAGGACUACCGCCUCAGCGUCAUCCCCGACGGCAUCCCCGCGCUGUCGGUCGAGGUCAUGUCGACUCUCGGCUGGGAGAAGUACUCUCACGAGCAGUUCGGUCUCAACCGCUUCGGUGCCUCGGGCCCGUACAAGGAGGUGUACAAGAAGUUCGAGUUCACUCCUGAGGGCAUCUCCAAGCGUGCCAUUGCCACGAUUGACUUCUACAAGGAUGUCAAGCCCCUCCGCUCUCCCCUCAACCGUGCUUUCACCCAGCUCAUCUAA